UAUACCAUAUUUUUCAUUAUGUUGUUACUUCUCUACACAUCUCUCACUUCUCACUGUGUAACACAGAAAAACUCUGUUUUUUCUCGCUUUCCCAAAAACUAUGUCUUCUCUGUAAUCAAAUCCCUUCUUCCACUCAUAAACCUUCAACAACUCUUUGUAUAAUCAGAAAUUUCUUCAUUAAUGGGUUCAUCAAAGUCAGAUCUGAGGUCAACGAUCUACCCAGAACCUGUUGACCAUUUCGACCAGUUACCGGAUCCAGUUCUUCUCUUAGUUUUCAACAAGAUCGGUGAUGUUAAAACACUUGGAAGAUGUUGUGGAGUUUGUAAGAGGUUUCAUUCACUUGUUCCUCAAGUUGACAACGUUGUUGUUCGUGUUGAUUGUGUUAUCUCUGACGAUGAUUCAUCGUCGUCUUCUACAUCUUCUGGUGGAUCAUCUGAUAAGUCGCGACACCCGAUUUCUUCUCUUUUUCGUUUUGUAUUUCUUGGUUUGGUUAAACCCUUUCAAUCCCUUUCUCAUUUGAUCUCGAUUUCUUCGAGGCGAUGCACUGCUUCGUCGUCGUCUCUUGUUGAUGAUGAUUUUGAGCAAAAUUCUGUUACCCAUCACUCCCCUACACAGGUUUUGAAGAAUUUUGAUGAAAUUAAGAUGCUUAGGAUUGAAUUGCCUAGUGGUGAAUUGGGUAUUGAUGAUGGUGCUUUGCUAAAGUGGAGAGCUGAUUUUGGUUCUACUCUCGAUGAUUGCGUUAUUCUUGGGGCGGCGUCGGUGAUUCAACCGGUAAGUAGUGUUAGCAGCACCAAUUUGGUCGAGGAACAAUGUGGAAAUGGAAGUAACUGUAACAGUUCGGGUGACGGUAGUGGAGCAACGGAUAAUGGGAGCAUACCCGAGUCGUUUUAUACAAAUGGAGGUUUGAAGUUGCGUGUUGUGUGGACGAUUAGUUCUUUGAUAGCAGCUUCUGCAAGGCAUUAUCUGUUGCAGCCAAUUAUAGCAGAGCAUAGGAAGCUUGAAAAUUUGGUUUUGACGGAUGUUGAUGGGCAAGGAGUGUUGUGCAUGAAUAGGGAGCAGCUGGAGGAGUUGAGGGUGAAGCCUCUUUCAGCUUCAUCGGCCUCGAAAAGGACCAUGGUGCCAGCACUGAACAUGAGGUUGUGGUAUGCCCCACAUCUAGAGUUGCCUGAUGGCACAGUGCUUAAAGGGGCGACAUUGGUAGCAAUUAGGCCUAGUGAGCAACCUAAGAAAGAGGUGGUUGGGACAGAUGGGAAUUGGGUGGCAGCAGCAUUUGAGGAGCCCUAUGGAGCGGCUGCAAGGAUGUUGAUUAAGAGGAGGACUUAUUGUUUGGAGAUGAACUCGUUCUGAACAGACUUGAAGUGGUUAGGGAGUUUCUUGGAUUGAUGACUGAGGGAGAACUAAGAAAGGUGGAUUAACUCAUGCUGAAAGGAGUGGAAAAGAGAAUUUUGCUUAGAGCUAGCUCACCCUGAGUUGUUCGAUCAAGCCAGUCUUGCACGAUGAUAAGCAUCUGCUUAUGCUUUUUAAGAAAGCACAAAGUGCUUCCGGCUCACGUUACAGGAGUUUGUGCCUUUUGACUUUAUAGUGACACACAUCUGAUAGUUACUCUUUCUGUAAAUAUUGUAGUUACUGAUAUCAUGUCAUUUCAUGUACCUUUUAUGGUUUCAUUGAGCAAUAAAAUGUGCAUUUUGCUA